GUUUUCUUCACUUAAAGUUGAAGUCAACUUGAGGAUUUUUAUUCUCAACUUGAGAUUUUGUUUUUCUUCACUCAAAGUUGACAGUUUCAACUUUCGAUUCUCAACUGUAGAGUUGAUCAACUUUAGAUUUUCUCAACUUCCGAAAAACUAGAAGUUUACAGCAUGAACUCGGGAUUUUCUGUCAGAAUUUGAAUUUGUUUUUUUUUUUUUUUAAUUUGUUUUAAAUAAAUUGUCUAUUUUCACCACGUAAAUUGUAAAAUCAUUAUGUUUCGAAGAAAAUAUUUUUGGGAAGAUAGGCCAUCGUCUUCUUCAGAAGACGAAGACAGUGAAAAUGAAGAAAAUUUAAGAAUUGAAAGAAGACAAUAUAAGAUGCUCCCACGUAUUGGACUUGAUAGAUGGGAUGACCGCGAUUUUAUUUAUCGUUUCCGGCUUUCGAAACCAACCACAUUGAUGGUGCUGAGUCUAAUAGAAGAUUCUUUGCCUUGCAACGAAGGAAGAUCACGUGAAUUACGAGGAAUAACCCAAUUAUUGAUUGCUUUGCGAUAUUAUGCACUCGGAUCAAUCCAAUUGGCAGUUACAGAUUUUAUUGGAGUAAGCAUUGCUACUGUCCAUCGCACCCUUAAAAGAGUUUCACAAGCAAUUGCCAAUCUUGCUCCACGAUUCUUUCGUAUGCCUGAGACACGCAUGGAACGAUUAGAAGCAGCCCGAAAUUUUUAUGCAAUAGCCAAGUUUCCGAGAACAAUUGGAGCGAUAGAUUGUACCCAUGUCCGCAUACAAUCACCAGGCGGAACUGACCCAGAACUCUUCCGAAAUCGAAAGGGAUGGUUCUCUCUAAAUGUUCAGACAGUAGCCGCAGCAGACUUGAAAAUCAUAGAUAUUGUUGCUCGUUGGCAGGGUUCAACCCACGAUCAGCGAAUUUUCAAUUUAUCAAAUUUAAAGCAACGAUUUGAAAGAGGUGAUUUUGAGCAUUUUAUUAUAAUUGGCGACUCUGGUUAUGCAAAUACUAGGUAUCUUGCGACGCCUUUCCAGAAUGUAUCAAAUGAUGCUGAAAAUUUAUAUAAUGAAUCACAAAUUCGUACCCGAAAUUGUGUCGAGCGUUCGUACGGAAUUUGGAAAAGGCGUUUUCCAGUGUUGGCAACAGGAUUAAGGUGCAGGGUUGAGACGAUACAAUUGAUCAUUAUUGCUUGUGCUGUGUUACACAACAUAGCAAUCGACGAAAAGGAAUUACAGCCACCGCCAGAAAUACAUGGGUUUGCAGAAAUGCUUUCCGCUACAUGUGUGCCUUCUCCAACUCAAUCUCAAGCAGCAACAGCUGUUGUUGGUAAUGCCCGCUCUCGAUUGGUUCAAUCAUAUUUCCAACCAAUGCUAGGUCGACAAUAAACCACAACAUUUAAAACACAAACUUUAAAAUUCUUCAAAUGUAUUUAAAGAAGGUAUUAAUAAAUAUAA